UUUUUUUUUCCCCUCCUCUCCUCUCCUCUCCGUGUUGUGCCGGGGACUUGUGAAUGGCAGCCAAUGGGAGGGUUGAGUCCCCUCAGCCUCUCUGACAUCCACACAGCGAGAAGUGAUGCAGCGCGACUGAGACGCGCAGUUGAGGUGGAACAACGGGCAACAAAAGCUGCAGUGAACGGAUACACUUGGAUCAACGACGGAGCAACACCAACAAAAUAUAAUAUAUAGAGAGAAGAGAAAGAAUUCCAAAUAAACCUGCCUGGGAAAUUUUCCUCUCCUAGAAUAAAACUUCAUUAUCAGGUGGUGGUUGCCACCCUAUGUGAGACCGAGGAACCUUCUCCUGCUUCAGUAGAUUACAGCAUGAGGACUGAUCCGAUACUCUGACCAAAGAUCACUGGACUCUGGAUUGGACCACUGAGGGCGGAGAAGACAGAAGGCAUGAAUAGAAGGAAAGUUUGCGUUUUGCUAGUGCUGUGGGUCAUGGCCCACCUCAGCUCUCCAGGGUACGGACUCAGGGCCCUGCGAAGGACUACAGGGGGGCGGAGGGGGUCCACGGGGCUGACGGGACAGGACGCCAACGGAGUGCCGCUCAGGCGUUCCAAACGAGGAUGGAUGUGGAACCAGUUCUUUUUGUUGGAGGAGUACACCGGGACAGACAUGCAGUAUGUCGGAAAGCUUCAUUCAGAUUCAGAUCGAGGAGAUGGAAGCGUGAGGUACGUUCUCAACGGGGAAGGAGCCGGGACCCUGUUCAAGAUCGACGAGAAGUCAGGGGACAUUCACGCCACCAAAAGGCUGGACAGGGAGGAGAAGGCCUUUUACAUCCUCCACGCCAAAGCCGUCAACCGCUUCACCAACGAGGCGCUGGAGGGCGAGUCUGAGUUCAUCAUCAAGAUUCACGACAUCAAUGACAAUGAGCCACGUUUUACCAAGAACCCGUACUUCGCUCGAGUCCCCGAGAUGUCAGACAUUGGAACCUCAGUGAUUCAGGUGACAGCCACCGACGCAGAUGAUGCCACGUACGGAAACAGCGCUAAAGUGGUGUACAGCAUCCUGGAGGGUCAGCCCUACUUCUCUGUGGACCCGGAGACAGGCCUGAUAAAGACAGCCCUGCCUGGUAUGGACAGAGAAGUCAAAGAGAACUACCAGGUUGUCAUCCAGGCUAAAGACAUGGCUGGACAGAUGGGCGGGCUCUCGGGAACCACAACGGUCAGCAUCACCCUCUCGGACGUGAACGACAACCCGCCACGCUUCGCCAAGACUAUGUAUGAGUUCAGAGUGCCUGAGUCCACUGAAGUGGGGUCUGGGGUGGGAGUGAUCCGAGCGAUAGACGCUGACAUCGGUGAAAACGCAGAGAUGGACUACAGGAUCAUCGGCAGCGACGGACCAGGCAUGUUUGAUAUAGUCACCAACAGGAGUUCGCAGGACGGCAUCAUCAAGCUGAGGAAGCCUCUGGACUUUGAGAGGAAGCGGCAGUACAGUCUCCGUGUCCAGGUGGAAAACGCUCAUAUCAACUCCCGCUUCCUGUCCGUGGGCCCCUUCACGGACGAGGCCACCAUCAAGAUCGUCGUGGAGGACGUGGACGAGCCGCCGGUGUUCGAGCGAGCCAGCUACGUGAUGGAGGUCAAGGAGGAUGCAGCUAAAAACACCGUCAUCGGCUCCGUCAGCGCGUCCGAUCCUGACGACAAACGCAGCCCUGUCAGGUACUCUAUUGAUCGUCGCACAGACAUGGACAGAGUGUUCGGCAUCCAUGCAGGCAACGGGUCAGUGUUCAUCCUCAGGGAGUUGGACAGAGAAGAGAACGCCUGGCACAACAUCUCCGUCAUCGCCACAGACAUGUACAACCCGAGGCAGACCAGCCGCGUGCCUGUUUACAUCCGAGUGCUGGACAUCAACGACAACGCUCCAACAUUUGCCACCAAUUACGAGACGUUCGUGUGCGAGAACGCCAAGGCUAAUCAGAGGAUACAAACCAUCAGUGCCACUGAUCCCGAUGAGCCACUUGGAGGACACCGGUUCUUUUUCAGCCUUGCACAAGAGGCUGCUGGGAAGGCUAACUUCUCGGUCCGUGAUAACAAAGAUAACACGGCCUGGAUCCUGACACGGAGAAACAGCUACAACAGUCUACAGAAGAGCGUUUAUCACGUACCUGUGGUCAUUUCUGACGGCGAGUACCCAAUGCAAAGCAGCACCAACACGUUGACCAUCAGGGUUUGCACCUGCGACCGCGAGGGCAACAUGAAGCUCUGCAACGCCGAGGCGCUGACAGCGAGGGCGGGGCUUAGCACGGGAGCCCUGGUGGCCAUCUUGCUUUGUGUCAUCAUUCUUCUCAUGAUCGUGGUGCUGUUUGCUGCCCUGAGGAGACAGAGGAAGAAGGAGCCUCUGAUCAUCUCCAAAGAGGAUGUCAGAGACAACGUUGUCAGCUACAACGACGAAGGGGGCGGGGAGGAGGACACUCAGGCCUUUGAUAUCGGUACGCUGCGUAACCCAGAGGCCAUCGAGGAGAGCAAGCAGCGGAGGGACAUCGUCCCCGAGGCCUUCUACCCUCCGGUGCGACGGCCUGUGCUGCCCCCGGCCCGGGACAAUAACGGGGACGUGAGGGACUUCAUCACCCAGAGGCUCCAGGACAACGACAGCGACCCCACGGCCCCGCCUUACGACUCCCUGGCCACCUACGCCUACGAGGGCAACGGCUCGGUGGCCGAGUCCCUCAGCUCGUUAGAGUCGGUGACCACCGAGGGCGACCAGGACUACAACUACCUGAGCGAAUGGGGGCCCCGCUUUAAGAAACUGGCAGACAUGUAUGGGGGAGACGACAGCGACAGGGAUUCCUAACGAGAGCCUGGCACACAGACUUUCGGGCGAUUCUGGUGCAUGUGUGGCGACAAGGACCAAGAAACGGGCACCGUUUGUCCAAGUGCUCUUUCACCGCCAUCAAUCACCAUUCAGUUGUCCCCCUGGUGAGCAGACGUAGGCUUUGUGUGUCCAGUCAGUGUUAGUUGCGUUUUUUGCGAGGACACAGUGAAAAGAGACUUGUGUUAAGCCCUUUUUUUUGUGUAUACGGGGUGUUAAUGAAGCCCAAAUAUAUCUAUACUGAUCUUCUUUUGUUUGUUUUUCCAAAGCUGCCUGUGACGGACACGUUCAGCGACAAGCAGUUUUGUAAACCAACAGAUAUGCCUAUGUAUUUUUCAGUGUUUCGGAGACAAAAAACAUGCUGCAUAUUGUGAGUUCUAUCUUAGCUUGUGUAUGUACGGUAAUAUGAUACAAUACGCUGUACAGUUGUUUUUUUUUUUUUUUUUAGGGAUUUCUAUUGUCGAAAUCACCCCUUUCUUUCAGCAUCGGCUGCCUCACAUUAGCCAUUUCUCCACAGUUGUUCUUGUGCCAUUAGUGCCAGAAAAUUUAGGCAUUGCCAUCUCUAAUGAGAAAAUAAGAAAUCCUGUUCCACAUAAAAGGUACAUCAGACUUUUGUGGCACGUUAAUGUUGACAAGUGGCUAAUGUUCUUUAAAGAUUAAGUCAAGCUGUGGUAAAUGAUUGUGGAUUCACAGCCACGACAAACA